AUGCCAGAAGACGGGGCCGAGCCGCAGCCAAUUCGCUGUGGAUCGUCUCCCUUUGAUGUAGCAGACUGCGCUUUUCAUUGGAUAAAGUCGCCCAACACCCACGGUCCUGACUUUGCUCUCGAUUCCCACUCCUGUGAGGAUUUCUGUCACUCUUCAGGGACUGGAGUCACAGAGUGGGGUGACGACGUGCGGCCUAUUUCGGAAGAAGAAGCCAUGGUCAUCGUCAAUCACCAGUCCACAGGGGACGUCUGCACUCUCAUGAUGUGCCUGCAAGACAAGGGCACGGUGGUACGAAAAAUGAUGUGGUUGAUGGACCAUGUGUUCAAGUACACCAACUUUGGCCUCGUGUCCCUCAUACAUGGGGAUUUUUUCAUCAGACAGGGUAAAGCUCACAGAGACAAACAGCUGGUUUACCUGAAAGAUCAUCUAGACAAAUACUACCACAACCGGGACAGGAAGUGGAUCGUGCUGUUCCCCGAGGGUGGCUUCCUUAGGAAAAGGCGGGAAACCAGCCAGUUGUUUGCAAAGAAGCACUCUCUCCCCCAUCUGACCCACGUCACAUUGCCCCGUCUCGGGGCCACCCACGUCAUCCUAAAAACGCUGUCGGCGCAACAGGAGAACGGCGACGCCGGGACCCCAAACCAGACAGCUAACAAACGUAAAGGCCUGCAGUGGGUUAUAGACAUGACCAUAGCCUACCCAGCCGCCAGACCCAUGGACAUCCAGACCUGGAUUUUUGGCUACAGGCCUCCUACAGUCACACAUGUACAUUACAGGAUGUACCCCAUAAAAGAGGUUCCUGUGGAGGCGGAAGCCCUGACUGACUGGCUGUAUCAAAGAUUUGUGGAAAAAGAAGAGCUGCUGGCCCACUUUUACAACACAGGUUCCUUCCCUCCUCCAGACGGACAGAAGGAGGCCGCUUCCCGGCAGAUGAUCCUGGAUCCUGUGUGGCUUUGCGUCAUCCAGUCGUUUGCGUUCGCCUCCGGCUACAUCUGGUACAGCCGCCGGCGAGGCGAGAGUCUUUAUCGGACCACUGGCAGGAGCCUUGGGAUCGGUUGGUGUGUGGCCCCCGUGUCACGCUCUCCCCCUACGAUGGUUGAAUGUACAUUUGCAACGGUGGAGAGACUUAACAGGAAACAGCUAGAAGAAAGAAGAAAGAAAAAAAAGUCGACAAAUAAUCAUCCGAACCCUAAUGCUACACGCUCACUCCAGUGGCCCCUCGGAGUAACCGCCCACUCGUCCCUCUCACAUUUUGAUGUUUACACGUCCUCAUACAUGUAG